GAGCCGUUGUAGCAUCACGUUUGUUCAUUCAGCGCUCGAGAGCAGCCGACUAGUUUCGAGUUUCGAUACCCCGUACAGAAGCAAAUCCACGAUGUCGCAAACUGUUACCAUCACCGAAGCGAAUCAGCUGGAAAUACCCAUCGAGGAUCCAGCCAACGACGAAAUCGGGAGCAAAUAUCUCUGUUUGACAAUACUAGGCUACAAACGGCAUGACCUCACCGACCAGGAAUAUAGACACCACAUGAACAAGAUCUCAGCUCCGCUGACCAAGGAUCUUAUGGCAAAAUAUGGCAUUAAACGAUGGACACAAGUGCACAAUACAACAAAGACGCGAGCUCUCAUGAACCACAUUAUGGAUCGUCAGAUGAAGAAUAUUGCCGAUUAUGACUGCUUCAGCCAGGUCACUUUCAACAGUAUUGAGGAUUAUAAGAAUAUCAAGAAUGAUCCUUGGUACAAGGAACAUUUGGUCGGUGAUCAUGAACGUUUUGCAGAUACGCAGAGAAGCAUGAUGACGAUAGGAUGGAUUGAAGAGUUUAUUCACGACGGUACACCAUGCGACAAGCUUGAAUUUCCAGAAUGAUUGGACAGUCUGCCUCUGCUGUUGACGACUUGACAUGUAGAGAAGAACGAUUUUCGUCAAUCAAGUCUUCGAUCUGAGAAGUAACACAAAUGU